GCAGAAUUAUGAUUGUUUUUAUUACAUAAAAUGCACACAUAAUAAUGUGAUUAAUAAAAGUAUGUAAAAAAAGACAAUAAGACUGGUAAAAAAUAAAAUAGAUAAAUGAAUUUAUUUUGUAAAGAAUUGAGUUGUUAUACAAUUUUAUCAAUUCAGUUCAAUUGAAGAAUUUCUUAUAAUUUCUAAAUGAGAUUUUUGGAUUUUUAUUAUAUCUAUGGAGUAAACUAUACUUUAGAUAUAUAAUAUUAUGAUUAAAGAAAGAAUAUAUAAUAUUAUCUAUCAGAAAGAAUAAAUUCAUAAUAUGUCAAUUGAUAAUUUAAAGAAAUUUUUACAAAGUUAUGAUUUUGAAAAUUCCGGUGAUUUAAACAAAAUAGAAUGGAUAAAAUUAUGUUCUAAUUCAACAAUUAAUAUAUCUAGUGAAUUAUCAUUAACAUUAUUCAAUGAACUUGAUACAGAUAAUGAUGGAUUAAUUAAAAUAUCAGAUAUAUUACAAGAAUUAGAAAUAUGGAAAGCAUCAAAUCAAUCAAAUUGUAAUUUGAAUCAUUUUGAUAAAAUUGAUAAUAAUCAAUAUGGGAAUGAAUAUAAAAGUGAGGAAUUAAUAUUAGAACAAGGUAAUGGUGUUUUUGGUAAACAUCAAACAGAUCAAUUAUCAAGAAUAAUAUCCAGAUCCAAUAUAAAAACAAAUCCAGUUAUCUUAGAAAGACGUAAAAAACGAUAUCCAAUAAUUCCAUCGGAAAUAAUCAUACCAAAUGAAGGAAGCGAUCAAUGGAUGCCUAAAAAGGAAAUUAAUCCAGAUGGAUCAGAAGUUUUUACAACUACACCUAUAGUCAAAACUCCAAGAUACAGUAGUGUUUGUGAAUUAGAGAGUGUAAUAUCACAAAAUUAUCCAGAAUUAUUAAGUCCAUUUAAAAUCGUUCUAAAUGAUUUUCGAAAUGAACUUUUACGAACUAAAAAAGAAAAAAUCGAUUUGGAAGAAACAUACAUAAAAGAGAAGGAAAAACGUAAAAGUGAUUUAUCUAGAUUAGAAGGUGAACUUGAAUUACAGAUUAAAUCAAUAGAGGAACGUGCCAAAUCGGAAGUACAUGAAAAGUUACAAAGUGAGUAUAGAACACUGGUCUCUAACAAGGAACAAGAAAUCACAGAAAUACGGGAACAAGUUGAAAGUUUACAACGUAAAAUUAAAAAUCAUUCCUCUAAUUGUUGUGAUUCAAUGAAUAGUCCUAUUAUAUUGAAAAAAUUCACUGAUUCAUUUGAUAAAUCAAAUUCUUCUUUAAUUUCUUCUUUACAUUAUGAACAUCUUAAUCAAAAUGAAACGAUAGAACAAAAUUCCUAUAAAAUUGAAUUACAAAAUGUUUUAUCAAUUCUAGCUCAAAGAGAAUUUGAAUUGAAAACAUUAAAAGAUCAAUUAAUUCAACAAGAAACACAAUUAACAAUGGAUAAACAUGAAUUAAUUAGUCAAGAAGAAGAGAAACAAAAUCUAUAUUCUCAAUUAAAUGUUAUGCGAACUACAAUGGAACGUUUAAAUAAAACAAACGACUACUUAUGUUCAGCGUUGCAUCGUGAAUCAAUUCACAGGCCAAGUAGAACGUCACCAUCGAGUGCUUUCUCAGAAUUUAUGGAACAAAGUGAUAACAACGAAACCAAUCUACAGCCAUGUAGAUUUUCAACAGGAAUCAAUUUCCCAUUAGAACCGUACGAAUUUGAUAGUUUGGAAAAUAUUCUACCACUUCAACGCCAACAAAAUCAUCAUCUUGAUUCCACAUGUCGACGCUCUGAUUACUCUAGUGAGAACAUUAGCAGUGUCAGUGGUUCCAAUUAUGAUAAGAAUGAAUUUAUAGCUCUCGAAAAUAAUACUGAAGAACAACACCCUACAGAAACUUUAACACCAACACGUAUAUUUAAAGUGAUUUUAGUCGGGGAUUCAGGUGUUGGCAAAUCUAGUUUCUCAUAUCGAUUUUGUGAUGGAAUAUUUUAUCCACAACUUAGAGCUACUUUAGGAGUUGAUUUUCGAACAAAAAAUAUUAAAAUGAAUAAUUCAGUGUACACUAUUCAAUUAUGGGAUACUGCUGGACAAGAGACGUAUCGUUGCAUUGUCCGUUCAUAUUUCCGGAAAAUUGACGGUGUAAUUUUAAUGUAUGCAGUUGAUCAACCUGAUACAUUUGAAAAUAUCAAAUAUUGGAUGGAAAUGAUAAAAGAAUCAACAAGUGAAGAAAAUGUUCCAAUUCUUCUAGUUGGUAAUAAAGUUGAUUUACGCAAUACCAGUGGUAACAAUACUAAAGAAAAUUAUAAUAAUAAUGAUAAUAUGAAAAAAGAUGAAUCGCACAAGUACAUCACAUAUGAAAUGGGUGCCAAUGUAGCUAAAUUACAUCAUGUUUCAUUCAUUGAAACAAGUGUAUUAAGCAAGCAUAAUAUCACAGAAGCUGUUGAACUACUUACGGAAGGGAUGAAGUUGAAUGAAGAUGAACAAGUUGCAGUUGUCACAUUAACUACAUCAUCGUCAGCAUCAUUGAAAAGAAAUAUUGGCAAAAUGUCUAAUACAAACAGAAAAAUGUGUUGUACAUAAUCUAUAAGCGUUUACAUACACAAAUAUUCACAUAUUGUAAUAUUUAUUCAGUUGUAUAUUUCAAUGAAUAACAAAAAACAAACCCCACAGAAUUUCAUUGACAUUGAUGAGAAAGAAAAAAUGGGGUUGGUGUUGAUGAUUAUGACAAUUAAUAAUAAUAAUAAAAACUAGAAUUACCUAAGAGUAACCAGAAUUUAUUAGAUACAAAGUUAUUUGUCUAUUUCUCACAUGAUUGGCUGAACUAUGUAAUUAAAUUAACAAAUUAAUCUCUCAUUCUCCUUAUAUCUAUCAAGUAUACGCCCUUAUACAAAUAAAUGAAACAACAAGGAUACUCAUUAAAACUAAUGUACCUGAUGUGAAUCAUUUUCUUUAAAUAUUUUAUGCUUAUUUCAUUCAUCAUUGUGUUCUCUGUCCAGUCAUCAAUAAACAAUAUGGUAUUAUAUUGGUCUCAUGUUUUGAUUAUCUACUAUUUCCUAUUUGGAAACUGUAUUUCUUUAACACACACACACACACGUACACAAAAUGUGUCAUCAUAGAUUGAGUUUAUAAAAGACAAUGCAUAGGCAGUAAUAAUAUCAAUAUUCACAUAAUUGAUUUUUUAUCUUAAAUGAGAACAAUCAAUUGAAUUUCAUUGUUUCUUCCUAUUUUUAUUUUGUUAUGAUUAUGACAAACUAUAUUGAUUUUUUUAAUGUUUCCGUGACCCGAAAACAUUAAAUCUAGAAUUUAUCUUCAUUUUUUCAUUUAAACGACACAUCUAUUAUUUUAAUUAUUGUUAUUACUAUUAUGGUUAUUGUUGGAAUUACAAGUCUAACGUAAAUGAGACAAAUUCACGACAGUUGCUUACUUACUCUGAUGUAUUCAUGAAUUCAUGGGAGAAGUAGAAAAUGUUUGCUCUCAAUAUUUCAUAUUACAUGCACUUUCUGAGUUUAAGUUGUAAGCAAUUAAUCUAAUAUUACAAUAUAGUGACAACUAAAUAUU